AUGGGGGCCGACGGAGAUGAGACUAGCCCUGCGCAUGUGCGCCAGGAGCCACCAUGGGUCACGACGCUCACGAGCCUGGCCCAGAGGAGCUUCAAGAGGGUCCAGAAUGAGGCGGUGAACAGCAUCAUGCAAAAGAAUGCUGACUUCACCAUGUCCCUGCCGAUAUGGGUCUUGAACAUGUGCUCGAUGACCCUGCCAGCAGCGUGGCCAUUGGAGGGUGCUGUAAAGAAGGCGUACGAGCAUUACUACCAGGAUAAAGGGUGCUACGCGUUCCCACCGCCUGGCCACAUCGUCGAGGCCAGCUUCUACAAGACGCUGGCGCCGGAGAUGGUGCGGAAGUUGCAGCGCGAUAGCCUGGACACGCUGUAUUCGGCCUGGCUCAUGCUGUUGCGCGACGUGCAGGAGAAAGAAGAGAAGCUCGCCAAGAUCGUGGAAGCGGCAAUGCAAGUCCCGAUGAAGUUCACGAAGCGGAACAAUGACAACGAGCGCGUGCUGAAGGUAUACCAGUAUAAGGAGGACGAAGAGAAGAAUGCGGACUUGUUGGGCCACUCCCUCCUUGGCCGAGCGCGCGAGCUAGCAGGGCUCCAAGAAGUUCUUCGUUCGAAUUCUCAGAGCAGCACGCCCCCGGCGAUCGAAGAGCUGUUCAAUUCUGGCGGCAUCACCUGGGCGCAUAAGGAGACUACGAUGAACUUGUACAACAUCAGGCUGCACCUCCGCAUCCUCAGACGCCUGUCGAUGGCAGUUGCCGACGUCGGCGCCCCGGCCUACAAGGACUCGGCCCUGUACUACUUCGACCGCAACGAGGAGAUCUGGGGGCGCAAGCAUCCGAAUGUUGCUAUGCAGGAGACGGGCGGGUCUUUUGAUGCAUUUCAGAGCGCAGUUCCAGACUUUGGAGACCUACGCAUGCUGGCGGAGACUUAUCAUGUCAUGCUUCUGCGCGGAUACAACGUGAAGGCGAGCGGCAGGCGCGCCCCUGAGACCGCCAAGGCCAUCCUGACUAUGACGAAAAUUCCUUCUUCACUGUUGCCACGGUAUCCUCUGUUCGAGUCGGUGCUGUCCGUCUACAAGACGCUGAAGACAUUCCACAAGGAGUACCCAUCAGGUUUGGAUUUUGAUGGCAAGGAAUUGUUACAUGUCAGCCACACUUACCCGAUCCUUGGCGAGGGCACUGCGGAGAAGCUGAACUCAGAGAUCCUGCUCCCUACGAUGCUCAACAAGAAGUUUCAGGCAUUCCUCGGGCACCCCACUGCUCUGGCCGUCCCCUUCAUCAAGGACAUGUUGCCCGAGUUGGAUCAGCUCUACCAGGUGGACGUGGCUGAGCGCAGGGCCAAGGAGCGCGCGGUUCAGGGCGAGCGCGAAGAGUUCGACGUGGCUAUGAGCUGUGAGGCCAGCGGGUUAAUUACCGAAGACGAGGCCAACGUCGUGUUCAUGAAGUGGUCAAGCACCCUUUUGGCUGAUAUCGAGAAGCAGCCGAUGAUUGCAGCAGGGGCUUCGCGCCUGUGGUUCUUCAACGCGGGCACCGACUCCACGAAGGACCCCAACAACAAAGCAUCUGCGUGGCGCAUGAAGGCAACGCCAGACGAGGACCACAUCAACCAGAUGGUCAACAUCGUGGCGUCGUUCAUCAAUGAGUCAGAUUCCGCCGUGAUCGUCAGCGGCCGCAACAAGCUAUUCCAUCGUGCCGCAAAGAAGAUGGUGAUGCAAUGCAAGCCCAAGCUCGCGGUCAAGGAGUUGGAGAUGCUGCCAGACGAGGGCGAGGUGUCGCAACACCUCCGCGUCGAGAGCAGCGUAGUUGGCACCGUGGACCUCACCGACCAGUACCUGCACAUCAUGAAGACCAAGCGCGCCAUGGACACGAAAAGAGGACUCCCUCGGCGAUUCGUCCCAGGGAACACGGCAUUCCGGACAAUGGCUGGCAUUCCCGUGGUCUCCAAGGACAGCAUGGUAAAGGUAUCGUAUUCCGACCGCGAGGCAGUCUUCAAGCACGUGUGCGGCUCGGAGAAGUGGACUCCUGGGGCGAAGGCGGCCAAGGGCCAGGACCUGUCCGACGAUGACGACGACGAGGCACCUGAAGAUACAGCAGUUGACCCCCUGGAGGCGAUCAACGGCGGCACUGCCACAUUAGUCGUCCUGUUCUGGAUGGAGCUGCACUUGAGGGUGCGCGCUCAAUUUCUGUGGGGGGCCGGGGCCCGCGUGUUGAUCAAUUUCACUCCGGGGGCUGGGCAUAUGAUCAAGGCGGCGUUCAUGCUCAGUGUGAAAUCGAUAGUCGUGUGUCAUAACGAAGCUCACGUCAAAGUGCUGAGUGACGUCUUGCGUGCGCAUCUGCUCGACGAGAUCCAGAAAUCUGGGCCCGCAUCAAGCAGGUUCCUCCCAGCGGACAAAGACGAGCGCCUGGAGAAGUGCAAGCCUGAGCGCCUCAAGCUGUACGAGAUGCAGCGGAAGCGGAGCGCUGGCGACUCAGACCUCAUCAGCCCCGAGGCGAAGAGGACUGCGCUUGGGUCCUCAGCGGGGAAGGUGAAAGGCAAGGCGGAUGCCUCGUCUGAUGUAGCAGGCCCAGCGGAGGACUUGCAGGCCUUGCUGGCACAGUGGUCUAAUAAGUAG